GCUCUUUUGGAGAUUAAACACUUGGAGAGGAAAAUGACAUCGAUUAUCAAGUUGACUACGCUCUCUGGGGUGCAGGAGGAGUCUGCCCUUUGCUAUCUGUUACAAGUAGAUGAAUUUCGUUUUCUUUUGGACUGUGGUUGGGAUGAAAACUUUUCUAUGGAUAUUAUUGAUUCUCUGAGGAAACAUGUACACCAGGUUGAUGCUGUUCUUCUUUCUCAUCCUGACCCUCUACACCUUGGUGCUCUUCCAUAUGCAGUUGGAAAAAUGGGCUUGAAUUGUGCCAUUUAUGCAACUAUUCCUGUAUAUAAAAUGGGACAGAUGUUUAUGUAUGAUCUUUACCAGUCCCGCCAUAAUACUGAAGAUUUCACACUCUUUACAUUGGAUGAUGUAGAUGCAGCCUUUGAUAAGAUACAACAGCUGAAGUUUUCUCAGAUUGUGAACUUGAAAGGCAAAGGACAUGGUUUGUCAAUCACCCCGUUGCCAGCUGGCCACAUGAUAGGAGGCACAAUUUGGAAGAUUGUCAAGGAUGGAGAGGAAGAAAUUGUUUAUGCAGUUGAUUUCAACCACAAGAGGGAGAUCCAUCUGAAUGGAUGUUCCUUGGAAAUGUUGAGCAGGCCUUCAUUGCUUAUUACAGAUUCAUUUAAUGCUACUUACGUACAACCCAGGAGGAAGCAAAGGGAUGAACAGCUACUGACUAAUGUUUUGGAGACAUUACGAGGUGAUGGAAACGUAUUAAUAGCCGUGGAUACAGCAGGCAGAGUUCUUGAACUUGCUCAACUUCUUGAUCAGAUCUGGAGAACAAAAGAUGCAGGAUUAGGAGUCUACUCUCUAGCGCUUUUGAAUAACGUCAGCUACAAUGUAGUGGAGUUCUCUAAAUCACAGGUUGAAUGGAUGAGUGACAAGUUGAUGAGGUGCUUUGAAGACAAGAGAAACAAUCCUUUUCAGUUCCGCCAUCUGUCCUUAUGUCAUAGUCUGUCUGAUCUGGCUAGAGUGCCUAGUCCGAAAGUUGUUCUUGCCAGUCAACCUGACUUGGAGUGUGGGUUUUCUAGAGAUCUUUUCAUUCAGUGGUGCCAGGAUUCCAAAAACUCUAUAAUCUUAACUUACCGCACUACGCCUGGAACAUUAGCACGAUUCCUGAUUGAUAAUCCUUCUGAAAAAGUUAUAGAUAUUGAGUUGAGAAAACGUGUCAAGUUGGAAGGAAAAGAACUUGAAGAAUACCUAGAAAAGGAGAAACUGAAGAAAGAAGCAGCGAAGAAGCUAGAACAGUCUAAAGAGGCAGAUAUCGAUUCCAGUGAUGAGAGCGAUGCUGAAGAGGAUAUUGAUCAGCCAACUGUACAUAAGACCAAACAUGAUUUGAUGAUGAAAGGUGAAGGUAGUCGGAAAGGAAGCUUCUUCAAACAGGCAAAGAAAUCUUAUCCAAUGUUUCCAGCCCCUGAAGAAAGAAUUAAAUGGGAUGAGUAUGGCGAGAUUAUAAAACCUGAGGAUUUUCUAGUUCCAGAACUUCAAGCAACGGAAGAAGAAAAAAGCAAAUUAGAAUCUGGUUUGACAAAUGGAGAAGAGCCUAUGGACCAGGAUUUAUCAGAUGUUCCUACCAAAUGUAUUUCUGCAACAGAAUCCAUGGAAAUUAAAGCCAGAGUUACAUACAUUGACUAUGAAGGACGCUCUGAUGGGGACUCAAUUAAAAAAAUCAUUAACCAAAUGAAACCAAGGCAACUAGUCAUUGUCCAUGGACCACCUGAGGCCAGUCAGGACCUUGCAGAAUGUUGCAGAGCUUUUGGUGGAAAAGAUAUUAAAGUUUACGUGCCAAAACUGCAUGAAACUGUAGAUGCAACCAGUGAAACUCACAUUUACCAGGUCAGGUUAAAAGAUUCACUUGUCAGCUCCCUUCAGUUCUGUAAAGCCAAGGAUGCUGAGUUGGCUUGGAUAGAUGGUGUUCUGGAUAUGCGGGUUUCGAAAGUGGAUACCGGAGUUAUUUUGGAAGAGGGAGAGCUGAGGGAAGAUGAAGACUCAGAGAUGCAAGUGGAUAUGCCUUCCUCAGACUCCAGUGUCAUUGCACAACAGAAGGCCAUGAAAAGCCUCUUCGGUGAUGAUGACAAGGAGAUGUGUGAGGAGAGUGAGAUCAUUCCUACUUUGGAACCUCUUCCACCUCAUGAGGUCCUUGGACAUCAGUCUGUGUUUAUGAAUGAGCCGAGACUGUCUGACUUCAAGCAAGUUCUGUUGCGAGAAGGUAUACAAGCUGAAUUUGUAGGAGGAGUUCUUGUGUGCAACAAUCUGGUGGCUGUUCGCAGGACUGAAACAGGGCGCAUUGGAUUGGAAGGCUGUCUCUGUCAAGACUUCUAUAGGAUAAGAGACCUUUUGUACGAGCAAUACGCUAUUGUCUAAGGAAAGUGCUGCAAAGAUGUUUUUACUUUUAAAGACAAUGGGGACUUCUCCCAAUUUUGACUUUUUGUAGUUUUCUAAUUUAUACAGGGGAAACCUAAUGCAUAAAGAACAAUUAACUACCCUGAACAUGUAAAUAACUGUUACUGUCAUUCUUCUGUUGGUACAUUCCAUGUUGUUGACUUUCAAACUGUUAUGACUUGUUGUCUCCCACAUAACACAUUAUAAAUGAGUUCACGACUAUGAACCCUUCUCAGGAAAGGUUCAAUUUGUCAAGACAUGUUUUGGUUUCAUAGAUGCCCUGCCAAAGAGUACAAAAUAUAUAGAAGUCAUUCUUCUGUUCUAAAGUCAGAUUAGAUAGGGAACUGUGGGUUUCUUUUGGUUUUGUUCUUUUUGAGUUUUGUGUGGUGGUUUUUGGUUUGUUUUUUCCUUUUUUUUUUUUUUUUUUUUUAAAUGGAGCAGAGUUAAACUACAGUUUUAAUAGCCCACUUAAAGCUAGAGUGCCUGAACUUUCCCCCAGUGUUACUCUGGCUGCAUCUUAAUGUUGUAUCUGCUCAAUCUUCGUGAUUUGUUCCAGAACAGCAUUUCAUGUUCUAUAUAAAGUAUUAAUCUCCAGGAUCAAAAAAUUACUUUGGAAAGGUACUCUAAGAAGACUGGAUAAUAUUGUCAGGCAGUUUAAAAUCCAGUAAUUGUGUGCUUCAGAGUAACUUCUGUACAAACUCAUAGAAUUUGUAACUUCUGGCUUUUGCAAAAUUCUGCCAACUAUAAAAUCUUUUCUGAGUUCUGAUUUUAAUACUUUCAAAGUCUAAAGCCUUUAUCCAUGCACUUCUCUUUGUUCAGAGUGCUAUGAGCCAAGUCCAGGAAGAUCCUUUAUCUUGAAAUCUGAGUUCAUGUGAUGUAUUUAAUGCUUUUGUGCCAUGUUUCAUUCUAGUUGCAUGUUUUGUGCCAUUUUUCAUUCUAGUUGACAGUGGGACUUACUGUAGCUGCUGAUGCUAGGAAUUGACCUUACUUUUUAGGUGAAAAUGAGCACAGUUUUGGACGCCUUAAUUUUUCAGAAAUGAACUUAUGCAAACAAAUGGCCUCUUGAGAGUUUAUUCAAUACUUUUUUCUCCUCUCCACUUGUGAACCACCAGCUUCGGCAGUGGAGGGUUGCUUGCUUGUUUUUACAUCCAACAGCAAUGUAAUAUGUGCUCUCUGCAUGUAUGCUUAAAUAAAACCUUUUGAAAAAGUGCAAAAAAUAGCCCUGUGGGCUAUCA